AGCCAAUCAGGGAGACGCGUUCGUCCUGCCCGGGACCCGUGAGGUAACUUGCUCUUGGGAACCGAGACCAUGGCGUCUGGCUGCAAGAUUGGCCCAUCCAUCCUCAACAGCGACCUGGCCAACUUAGGGGCCGAGUGCCUCCGAAUGCUGGACUCUGGGGCCGAUUAUCUGCACCUGGAUGUAAUGGACGGGCAUUUUGUUCCCAACAUCACCUUUGGUCACCCUGUGGUAGAAAGCCUCCGAAAGCAGCUAGGCCAGGACCCUUUCUUUGACAUGCACAUGAUGGUGUCGAGACCGGAACAGUGGGUAAAACCAAUGGCUGUAGCGGGAGCUAAUCAGUAUACGUUUCAUCUCGAGGCUACUGAGAACCCAGGGGCUUUGAUUAAAGACAUUCGGGAGAAUGGGAUGAAGGUUGGCCUUGCUAUCAAACCAGGGACAACAGUUGAGUAUUUGGCACCAUGGGCUAAUCAGAUAGAUAUGGCCUUGGUUAUGACGGUGGAACCUGGGUUUGGAGGGCAGAAAUUCAUGGAAGAUAUGAUGCCAAAGGUGCACUGGUUGAGGACCCAGUUCCCGUCUUUGGACAUAGAGGUCGAUGGUGGAGUAGGCCCUGACACUAUCCAGAAAUGUGCAGAGGCAGGAGCUAACAUGAUUGUGUCUGGCAGUGCCAUUAUGAGGAGUGAAGACCCCAGAUCUGUGAUCAACCUGUUAAGAAAUGUUUGCUCAGAAGCUGCUCAGAAACGUUCUCUUGAUCGAUGAAAGAGCAAGGAGUCCAGUGUCUGUGCCCGUGAGAUCCUUUUAUUGGAGAACAAGAAUACUGACUACCAAAUCCUAUCACAAUUUAGGCAGUGCUGCUUUUGAGCAACUAUUCAUUCCAGUGACUAGCAUCUAUUGUGCAGAAUAUUCCAAGAGGUUAUAAAUUGUUGUGUAUUGCUUUAGUGAUGAAAUUUAAAGAUUAGUGGUGAAAUACCGUUUUGACUGGGAGACUUGAUUUUUAUAAAGAGUAAAAAUGUGUUGGCUGUAUUAAGGUUAUAAAAAAUAUGUCUUCUAGGGAAGGCAUAUUAGCUACUAUGAAAAAAUGUUUUUCUCCAUUUAAUUUCCUGUUGUUUCUCAACUGUUUUCCAAAAGCAAAUUAAGACCUUGUGUUUUCUGUUCUGUGUCAUUUUUGAUUUGUGUGUAUGUGUGAUAAUGAGUAGAAUAGAACUAAGGAAAAAAGUCUAAGUUUGAAUCUGGCUGGGAUGGCAUACUGUAUUCUUGGUUUUAAAACAUCUAUUAUUUACUUGGCACCUUAGAUUUUAUAUACAUAAACAAUGUAUAAAGUCCAGGGAUUUUAAGGUGAUCUGUUCUAAAAUAUAAGCAUAGAUGUUUACCAGGGUGUUCUGUUAGCUUUGCUGCAGGGGCAGGUUGCUCAGUGAUUUCCCUACCACCACCUCGUCCUCAACCACACCCCCAGUUUUUAAGGAUAUGAAGUAAUGUGCUAGCUCCAAGCAGAAAGGAAAGCUUCUAUUUAGAAGUAAAAUUAAAAAAUAAAAAUAAAAAAAGAAGUAAAAUUGGAUUGACUGUUCUGCUUUCCAGCUGUUUGACCUAAGCAAAUCAAAUCAGCCAACCUCUUUGAGCUUCUAUUAACUGAUUUAUACCUUGACUGUAAUAAUUAUAAUAACUGUGCGGGGUUGUGUUGAGUAUUAAAAGAGAUACUAUUAUACAUGUAAAGCUUCCGCUACUCUUCCUAGAAUUGUAGCAUAGAAUUGAGUACCUAUCAUUAUAAAGUUUAUGUUUUGUCAGUUAUAAAGUACUUUGAUAUAAUCUCAUUAAAUCUAUAAAUCACUCCUAUGAGUGGGCAGACAGGUAUUUUUGUCUGUGUUUUAAAAAAUGAA